AUUGUAAACAACGUGCGAGCCCAUAGACUGUAGUGUGAGCCCAGUCUGAACAGCGGAGGGAACAUCUUGUAUUAGUCUUUGAACCACACAGUGUAUUUUAGGGGUACUCUGCGAGAUGGUGCUGCUGCAUUUGAAGCGCGGAGAUGAGAGCCAGUUUCUUUUCAACACCACAGUGGACGCGCCUCUGGAGACGGCCAUCCAGCAAAUUACAGCCAUUUACAACGGGAGGCUAAAAGUGGACAGAAUAUGUUCAGAGAUCCCAGAGUUAGCAGACCACGGCAUUACUCUGCCACCCAACAUGCAGGGGCUGACAGGGGAGCAGAUUGUGGACCUAAACCUGAGAGAUGAAUGGGAAGAUCAGUGCGUACCCAGCGGAGGGCCGGUACUGAGGAAGGAUGAGAUCGGGAGGAGGAAUGGACAAGCUCCAAAUGAUAAAAUGAAGGAGGUAUUAAUGAGAACAGUGGAGGAGGCAAAGGCACUUAUCUCCAAAAAACAAGUUCCAGCUAAUGUGUGCCUUACCAUGGAGAUGGUAAAAGAAGCUCUAGAUCAGCUAAGGGGUGCGGUCAUGAUUGUGUAUCCCAUGGGACUGCCUCCUCAUGACCCUAUCAGGAUGGAGCUUGAGGACCGGGAAGACCUUUCAGGAACACAGGCGUCACUGCAGGUGAUCACGGAGGGCGAGUGCCAGCUAUGGUGGGCUGGCAAAGAGAUGCAGAGAGGGAAAAAACUGCAGGACUACAUAGGCAAAAAUGAAAAGACCAAACUUGUGAUUAAAAUCCAAAAGAAAGGGCAGGGGGCGCCAGCGAGAGAGCCUCUGCUCACUGAUGAGCAGCAGAAAAACAUGAUGAUGCAUUACCACAGAAGACAGGAGCAGCUCAAGAAACUUCAGGACGCGGAUGAUGAUAGCUAUAUGGACUCAGACUGGUCUGACAGACAGGCCCUCAAAAGACAGUUUCAAGGCCUCACAAACAUAAAAUGGGGACCGAGAUAAAGAUGACUGCCACUCUGAUUGCCACCUUGGAACCGCUGCUCUUCCUUGUUCCUUUACUACGAUGUGUAUGCAACUGACUAAGAUGCCUUAUGAAGAUCUUGACGUCUGUCUGUGUCUUCCAGAGAAUAUUAUGCACAGCAGAUGUGUUCAUACAACAAUUCAUGCACAGAAAGAUGGUGUUGUGUAAAUGCUUUUCUGAGUUUCUGGCAAAAAAACGAGCAGUUUACUGAAAUAUAAAGAAUGUGUUGGACACCUUGUAUGAAAAAACGGGUAAUGACAUCACACUGACGCGGAUAUUAUAAACCUGAUUUAUUUGAUCUUGAAUCUGAUCCUGUACACCUUCUGAUUGUAUCACCCUGUUAUAAGUUACAUUUUUUUAAUUGAAGCUGUGAAAACAAAAUAAACUUUAGUCUAAGUUUCCAUGUGUGUGUUAAAAAUAUAAUAAAAUAACAUCCACUGUGACUUGUAUACACAGUGUUCAUAAAGUUUCUGUUAAUAAAGUGUUAAUGAACAUUCAGUAGUUUAAGAAGUGCAAGAACAAGGAUGCUACACCUUUCCUCUCUUUGUCUCCUGUCAGUGACACACACCUCUGAAAUUCGCUACUGCUCUGAGACAGGAAGUUCACACGCAGUAAAUGCCGUUCCAACUCAACCCAGAAGGGAUGAGGAAGCGGUCAAGUUCAGAACGUUUCAUUAACCGGAGGCUUAAACCGUGUGGAACUACUGACGGAGCUGAUACAGUGAUUCAGAGAGGUGUGGCAGGUUUUAAGGAGCACAACACACACACAAGACACCCUGGAUGUAAUGUGUAGUUUUAAAGGAUCAUUUCAACUAUUGUACAUUUACCUCGGAUGGUUCCUUAGAGAGACAGUAAUCAGUUUUGGCAGGUGAAAAUGGAAUACAUGCCUUAGGUCUCUGGUAUGAACAGCUGCCAUUAAUCUAGUAGUUAUACUAUAGGGAAAACACUGUAAUGUUUCUAUUUUUGUCUGUCAUAAUAAAUCAAAUCAUUGUAGACUGAAUAUGUUUUCAAAUGGACACCGAAAUAUUUUUACCACUGUUAGGAAAGAUAACACUUAAUACAUAAACCACACAUUUGUUCAUGAUGUAAAACACAUUUUUAACUGCAUGGGAGUUCAGAGAUGAGAGGAACAGACUGACAUUCCCUGAC